CGCCCCUUUACUCCCUCGGGUGCUGUGUGUGCGCAUGCUCAGUUGCCUCUUAAGGGCCUCCAUUUUGUGUUGGGCCCACUCUCCUGGAGCAAAGCGGGGGAAAAUUAUUAGCCCGACCCACAUAGCACGUACAGACGUCCUCAGCGGGACUGAAAGGAGCUGCAGCCGCCGUCGCAGCUUUUGAGUCAACAUAACAGGAGGAAAAGAAGCACUCGGCGACUGUUGGUCGGCCCGUUGCCAUGGAGGGCGAGGUUGUUUCCAUGGAGACCGCUCAGGCUGCUGCCCUGGCUCCUGAAGGGAAGGUCCUGCCAGAGGGCGGAGAGGCGUUGAUCCAAGGAGCAGCCAUAGCUCCACAAGGGGAGGUGGCUGGUAACAUGGAGAUGAUGGUGAUGGACGCUCUCGAUCCGACUCUGCUGCAAAUGAAGACUGAGGUGUUGGAGGGAGGCGGCACAGUGACCGUUACUGGUGGAGAGGAGGGUCAGAUCAUCACCCUCCAGGUGGUGAACAUGGAGGAGCAGGCAGGUGCUGCUUUAGGUCUUGGUCAGCUUCAGCUGGUGCAGGUACCGGUCACAACAGCGACUGUAGAGGGGUUCCAGGCCACCUACGUUGAUGCUUCAGCAGCUAACAAGGAAACGGAUCCGGUUAUCUGUCACACUCUUCCCUUGCCUGAGGGCUUCCAGGUGGUGAAAGUGGGUGCCAAUGGAGAAGUGGAGACCGUGGAGCAGGAGGAGCUCCAGGCAGCCCAUGAUGAGCUUCAAGGGACAAGGGGAGAAGGGGAGGAGGAAGAGGAAGCAGCAGAACAGGAACCCUCUGAGCCCCAGCAAGAAGACCCUGAUUGGCACAAGGACUCAGACUACCAGCCCAUUACCGCUAUCCGUAAAGGAAAGAAAGGAAAGAAGAGCCGCCUGCGCUAUGCAGAGGGCGAUCGUGACAUGGAUGUUUCUGUGUACGACUUUGAAGAAGAGCAACAGGAGGGGCUGCUGUCCGAGGUGAAUGCUGAGAAGGUUGUGGGCAACAUGAAGCCACCUAAACCCACCAAGAUCAAGAAAAAAGGUGUAAAGAAGACUUUCCAGUGUGAGCUGUGUAGCUACACCUGUCCACGUCGCUCCAACCUGGACCGACACAUGAAGAGCCACACAGACGAGAGACCGCAUAAAUGCCAUCUGUGUGGACGGGCCUUUAGAACAGUCACACUGCUGAGAAACCACCUCAACACACAUACAGGCACACGACCACACAAAUGCACAGAUUGUGACAUGGCAUUCGUGACCAGCGGUGAGUUGGUGCGCCAUCGUCGCUACAAACACACACACGAGAAGCCCUUCAAGUGCUCCAUGUGCGACUAUUGCAGUGUGGAGGUGAGUAAGUUGAAAAGGCACAUCCGCUCUCAUACAGGGGAGCGACCCUUCCAGUGCAGUCUCUGCAGCUACGCCAGCAGAGACACUUACAAGCUGAAGAGACACAUGAGAACACAUUCAGGUGAGAAGCCGUAUGAGUGCUACAUCUGCCACGCUCGCUUCACUCAGAGCGGCACCAUGAAGAUGCACAUCCUGCAGAAACACACAGAGAACGUGGCAAAGUUCCACUGCCCACACUGUGAUACUGUCAUUGCACGCAAGAGUGACCUUGGUGUUCACUUGAGGAAGCAGCACUCAUUUCUCGAAACAGGAAAGAAAUGCCGUUACUGUGAUGCUGUGUUUCAUGAGCGAUACGCUCUCAUCCAACACCAGAAGACCCACAAGAAUGAGAAACGUUUCAAGUGCGAUCAGUGUGACUAUUGCUGCAGACAGGAACGCCACAUGAUAAUGCACAAGCGCACACACACAGGGGAGAAGCCGUUUGCCUGCAGCCAGUGUGAGAAAACAUUUCGGCAGAAGCAGCUUCUGGACAUGCACUUCAAGCGCUACCAUGAUCCCCACUUCGUGCCCACUGCCUUCGUCUGCAGCAAGUGCAGCAAGACUUUCACCCGCAGGAACACCAUGCUGCGUCACUCUGAGAACUGCACGGGCGAAGAAGUUGGUGAAGAAAAUGGAUCUCCACCCAAAAAGAGUCGCCGUGGCAGGAAGAGGAAGAUGCAGGCCAGGAAGGACGGUGACGAUGACGACGACGACGACACAGAAGGUGACCUGGACGAGGCAGAAGAUGAAGAGGAUCUGCUGGCUGAGAUUGAGAUGGAACAGGCCCCGCCAGUCGUCCCCAUCCCAGCCCCUGUGGAGCCACCAAUCAAGAGGAAACGUGGACGACCCCCAAAGAGCAAACCUGACACGGCUGCUAUCAUCCGCGUGGAGGACGAGGCCACUGGAGAGGUGGAUGACAUCAUCGUGAAGAAGGAGGUUGGAGCUGAUCAAGAUGAUCAGGAGGAUGAGUCCGCCGAGGAGGUGGUGGUCGGCGGAGGGAAGUCAACCAUCCAGCUAGAGGAGUUGUCCCAGGGAGAGGAGAUGGCACAGGGGGCGCAGCUGUCCGAUCCCCCACCUAACGGAGACCUCACCCCCGAGAUGAUCCUUAGCAUGAUGGACCGGUGAUGGACACGAGGGCCGACUCUGUAAACACACACCAGACCCUCGCUCACAUCUUCAUUUAAUUAUUGGCAUUUAGGGUUUAAAAAAAAAAACCACACACAAAAAAAACAUGCAUCCUGCACAGAAACAAACAUCACUGAUGUAAUUUAAGAUUUGCCUUUUAAUCAUGUAUUGAUGAUGAAGUCUUGGAUGAGUGAAAACAUUUUUAACAAGGAUUUACCUUCCAAACAAAAUGAAUUUCAGUACAUUUCUGAGUUUGGAGCGGCUGUAAUUGACGGCAGCAUCUUUAGCCUUCUCAUUGUUUAGUAGCUCCGUUCUGUAGACGACAACUACACAAUAUUAAUGAUACAAAAUAUUAUCUGGCAACACUUAAAAUAAUGUUAUUACAGUCGUAAAUUACUUUUCCCUAAAUUUAGACUGAGUGUGUGUGUGUGUGCAUCUGGGUGUAUUUUUAUGUUACAUAGUUGUUAGUAAAUUAUCGAUCUUGUCAUUGGGUUAAACUUGUACGUCCAUAGUAAAGCACUCAGAUUGUGGACGGUGCUUUACCCCUUUUUUUUCACUAUAUUUCAAUCAAUGUACAAUAUCCUCACUGAAGAGCUUUGUUUACAUCUCAGUUUGGACAAAAACUGCUUUCCAGAAAAAUUGAGAUCAUGGAGCAGCAGCAGAUGCAAAAAAAAGAAAAAAGAAAAUGGACAGUCUAAUUGAGUCAUAUCACCGUAAAAUGUCUCUGUCCAAAGACAAACAAAGGGGCAACUUUUGAGGAGGAUGAAGAUAUUGACAUUAAUUACAGCCAAGACACAAAAAUCUUUUAAUAUUUUUAGUUUUGGGUUUCUUUGCUGUGGUUAGUAAAUCCCCUUUUUAAGCAUAUUCUAGUUUUUAAAUGCUUCUAGACUGCUUACCCUUUUUUUUAUGCUCCUUUUACUGUAACACCCCCCCUAGAUGAUGCAUAUGUAAGAAACAUUGUCAAUUGAUUAUGUGCAAGGAAAGAACGUUGUUUUGCUCCCUUGUGUAGCCAUUCCACGUUGGGUUGUUUUUUUCCUUUUUUGUACCAUUGGCAAUGCAAUGCUACGUAGCAGCUUGAAUGACAUUUUUAUAACUGUGUGGCAGAUGAGAACAGAUGUAUGACUGUACAACCAAUAAAAAAGUAGACGUUGGAGAUUGAUGGUUAAGGUUUCUGCAGUUGUAGUAAUCUCACGGGAUAAUUUAAUCAUGAAUAUUUAAAAUUAAAGUCUGGUUUGGUUGGGCAGCUAAUGCAUUUUAGUUGCAACAACAACAAAAAAAGAUUGCUUAUCAUUGUUUUAUCAAAAUUGGCUGAGAAACUCCUGAAUGCUGACACAGAAAUGCUGGUGUAUUUUGCUUGCAAAUAUAUUUUAUUAAACAGAUGACUUGA